UAAAACAGUUUAAAAAAGGAACUAUUUUCAAUUCUCUCCAUCCCCAUCUUCUUUUCCUUUGAACAUCUCAAGGAAGAGAAGAAGGGAAAAAAAAAAAAGAAAAAGAAAAAGAAAAAACCCACUCCGUGUCUGUAGGAAUUCUAGAAUUCCUUCUAUCUCCCUCCAUUACUGAAGUAACCAAGAAAAACCCACUUCAGCUCUUCCCUCACGAGCAUCUGAAAAGCAACCAAAAUGGCAAUUUGCACAGUCUACACAACCCAUUCACUUCAUACAACCUGUUACAUCUCCACCCAAACAAAUACCCAGUUGGGAUUUCACCAAAGACAGGUUGUUUUCUACAGCAGCAGCAAGAAGACCAGGAAAAGUACCGGAUUCUCUAAGAUCUCAUGCUCAGCUAGGGAAUCUAACACAGUGGUCAUUGGGCUGGCAGCUGAUUCUGGCUGUGGGAAGAGCACAUUCAUGAGGCGGCUGACUAGUGUCUUUGGUGGGGCAGCCGAGCCACCAAAGGGCGGGAAUCCGGACUCGAACACCUUGAUUAGUGACACAACCACAGUCAUCUGCUUGGAUGACUACCACUCUCUUGAUAGGACAGGCAGGAAGGAGAAGGGGGUGACAGCGCUGGACCCAAGAGCCAAUGACUUUGAUCUCAUGUAUGAGCAGGUGAAGGCUCUCAAGGAAGGUAUUGCAGUUGAAAAGCCUAUAUACAAUCAUGUGAGCGGUCUGUUGGAUCCUCCUGAACUAAUUAAGCCACCCAAGAUUCUGGUCAUUGAAGGGCUGCACCCAAUGUUCGAUCCUCGAGUAAGAGAUCUCCUGGAUUUCAGUAUCUACUUGGACAUUAGCAACGAGGUCAAGUUUGCAUGGAAAAUUCAGAGAGACAUGGCAGAACGUGGGCACAGCCUAGAAAGUAUCAAAGCCAGUAUAGAAGCCCGAAAACCAGACUUUGAUGCUUACAUUGACCCGCAGAAGCAAUAUGCAGAUGCAGUGAUUGAAGUCCUGCCGACGCAACUGAUUCCGGGCGACAACGAAGGGAAGAUCUUGAGGGUUAAGUUGGUGAUGAAAGAAGGGGUCAAGUAUUUCAGCCCCGUUUAUCUGUUUGACGAAGGCUCAUCCAUAUCAUGGAUACCCUGUGGGAGGAAGCUGACAUGCUCAUAUCCUGGCAUCAAAUUCUUCUACGGCCCAGACUCUUACUUCUCUAAUGAGGUUUCUGUGUUGGAGAUGGAUGGGCAGUUUGACAGAUUAGAUGAACUGAUUUACGUCGAAAGCCACCUAAGCAACAUCUCUACUAAGUUCUAUGGUGAAGUUACGCAGCAAAUGUUAAAGCAUUCCGACUUCCCAGGAAGUAACAAUGGGACUGGUCUCUUCCAAACCAUAGUCGGGUUGAAGAUAAGGGAUCUCUAUGAGCAGAUUGUUGCCGAGAAGGCAACAGCUCCUCUACAGGCAACCAAAGCCUAAUAUUCAACAUCGCAGAGUCAUCUUCUCCUCUUCUUCAAUUUUCCCCUUCGUUUUCUGUUAAAUGUAGGCUCCUAGGAAAAAAAAGCACCCAUAAUGUAUUUAAAGUAAUUCUGUGGAGAUUUGUAUUAUAGGUGCAAAGGUGAUGAAAUGUAGUGAAGUCCCAACACACUUUAAGUGUUGGAAUAUUUGAAUCAUAUAAUGUCUGAAAUAUCCUGCAAUUCA